GUUUUAUUUUUAUUUUUAUUUUUUUAUUUCCUGCUUCUUCCACAAGAAAAAAAAAAACCUCAAAACUCGCUCAAAAACACAACUUACCAGAGAAGCACACUCAGCCAAGCCAGCCACGUCAAACCUCGAACAUUGCAUUGAGAAGAAUCGAGUAGAACUAGAAGAAAAGAAUGGGCUCGUGUCUGGCCAAGCCAAUGGACGGGGGCAGCAGUAGCAGCAACGACCCCUACGCAGCGCGCAGCAUUCAUCAACAGCACAAAGCGACCGAAGUCGCAUCCACAGCGGCAGCAUCGACGUCGCCGGCAUCGCAACGGCCAGAGAUGCUCCAGGUGGACGUGGAAUCGCCAAGAGACGGCACGGGGACUGAGCGGCGGAGAGCAGGCAGCAAGCUCCUGAGUCGCAUGCCAAGUCUGUCUGGCGCCAAGCUCACGAAAUCGCGGCAGGACGCCCCUGCCUCCGCCGCAGGAAGCGGGCAAGAUCCAUCUCAGUCCUCCCAGACUGACACCGCCGCUCCGAGCGUCGAUGACCUUGUCCAGCACAUCAGCGAGCGAGAGCCGGACAACUCAAAUCGCCGCGAGUCGCUGUUCUUGGCAGCCGUCAACCAGUCGGCGGCAGACCCGAGCCCGCUGUCAUACAGCAAUUCAAAGCGAAAGAAGAAGGCAAACUCGGUCGUCAUCACAGACACGAAAACCAAGUUCAACUCGACCUCGACCUUCUUUGUGGAUGCCACCGUUUCUCAGCCUGACUUGGACGAGACAUUCAAAUGUGUUGCCUUGGCCAUUUAUUACUGCAUGGAAGCUGGGCACAAGGUCGAAACCCCGCACUUUGUGGAUAUCUUUGAUGAAAAGAAGCACCCCCUUGCGAAGGGAACAAACUUUGAUCAUUACGAUAAGCUGAUGGCCAGUGAAGAGAAAAUCUACCAAUUUAUCAAGACACUGUUUGUCUCUGCAGCAUUGACGGCCGAGUGUGCCAUCAUUACACUGGUCUAUGUCGAGCGACUCAUCAUGAGCGCAAAUCUGACCAUUCACGCCACCAACUGGAAGCGAAUCACUCUGGGCGCUGUGUUGCUGGCGUGCAAGGUGUGGGACGACCAAGCCGUCUGGAAUGUCGACUUUUGCACCAUUUUCCCAGAUGUCACCGUUGAAGAUUUCAACAAGCUAGAAAAGUACUAUAUCACGCAAAUCAUGUUCAAUGUCAGCGUCCCAGCCAGCGUCUACACAAAGUACUACUUGGAUUUGCGAAGUCUUGCCGAGGACACCAAUAGGACUUUUACUUUGAAGCCUCUCACUCAGGAACAAGCCGAGAAGAUGGAGGCAAUGUCCAUGGCGAAGGAACGAGAAGCAAAAAACCUGCCUUUGCGAAAACGCGCAAAGAGCUGCGAGUUGUACGAGCCCAAGAGUGCCAUGGCUAUUCUGUCAUGAUGUGCUCCUUGGAAGUGUGUCGCGUGCUUGGUUGUUGCAUGCUUGCACUGGCUGUUUGAAAGCUGAGGCUGGUCUUCGCUUUUCCCAGUGCCGCCUGGUUGUCUUUGUUUGCUUGGUUGGUUGGUUGUUUUGUUGUUUUUCGGUGCUUGUCUUUGAACGUUGUGUGUCUGUUAUGGGACAUGGGAGGUGUGGCUUUCCGCUUUUCUCUUGCUUGUUUUGACUUUGUGUGCGUGUUGUUCUCGCUCUCUCGCUUUCAGCGCAACUCCACUCGCCGUUCGACUUUGCUGCGCCCUUCCGAUCUGCCCAUGUAGAUAUAUUGAUGUGAAUGAACCCGAUGUUUCUUUUGAACGCAUCGUCCUUUUGUAUGGCAGAGUUCAC